AUGGGGUGGACCCCAGUGAAGGACUUGCCGCACAACACCACCGACAGUAUGGCGCUGCUUAGCCGACCCAUACCGGAGCACGAUCCCAAAAUCGUGGCCCAUCUGACCUGUCUGCGCGAUGCCAUCACUGGCAAAGACAUUGACCGUAAUACUGAGCUGAGUGGUCUCUUCCAUCCAGAAAGUAGCGAAGCACCCAACGUCGAUCAACGUCUUCUACGAGCACUUACCGCGGUAUCGCCCGAUGUGCCAUGCCAUAUGGUCCUCGAAGAUGGUCUAGCGCUCCCAGGUGAUCCAUGGACCAAGACUCAUUGCGAGUGCUCUCUUGCCUUCGUCAACUUGUACCGAGCACCAGUGAUUCGCCUGACAUGUCGCUUCAAGGAUACUGGCUCGCGACUCACUCUGGCUCUCGACUUCCACUUCAGCGCCAUUGACGUCGUCAAAGAGCCCAUUGCCAAUUUCCAAUGGACCAACUACAGAGACACCUGGCUGCAGUGCAAUAGACAGCACAUCUCAUUCACGGUAUCUGGUGCGACUUGUUCGGGCUUUGGUAAGAUCUCGAGAUACAGGUCAAGGCUCCAUUCUUCAUCUCUUGCUAUGGUGCGAGAGAUGCAGAAACUGCUGCGGCCCGACGAGCCUCACAAACUUUGCUUCUUGAGCGAUCCCGAUCCAGCAUCCUGGCAGACCACCUCUGCUGCGACGCUAAGCAAGAUACGCGCUCGUCUUCCCGGAGGUUCCGGACCACUUCUCCCCUCGUUGAGUCGUUACGAGUUUUACAACUUUGGGCACGGGAGGGACCACAUCGAUUUUGGCGAAGAAGAAGCAGAGUCAAAAAAGUCGCUCAGUCUGUGGGCGGCUGUAUCGCACAAGAGCAAGCUCUACAAGCUUCCCGGCAUCCCCCUCGCUAUUCUGGCAGUCACGUUCAACGAGGCGGUCAGAACGCUGCAGACAGGUCGUGAGACGACAAAGUAUCGCUUACCGAACCACCUCGAUGUCGAAAUGAGGUUCAGCAUCCCAGGCAGAUCUGAGGACAAGUUCAGCGGCUUCCUUCUGGAAGAUCCCUGGAGUCUGCCACACCACGAUGCCUUCUUCGUGAUCACCUCGCACCCCAAGGAGCAUUUCGGUCAGCAUGCCAACGAGCCCGAUCAGUGGGACGCCACCCGGUAUAACGUCCACUUCACUCCGCACUACAAGAGCUUCACCACAAAAUCGGCUCUGUAG